AUGUGCGCAAGGGUCCUGGAGAGUGGAGCGUUGGUGCUGAGCGACAGAGGCAUUUGCUGCAUUGAUGAGUUUGACAAGAUGUCUGACAAUGCUCGCAGCAUGCUGCACGAGGUCAUGCAGCAGACUGUGUCAGUGGCCAUGGCAGGCAUCAUCGCCACGCUCAACGCGCGCACGUUCCGUGCUCGCCUGCGCCAACCCCGCUUUGUGAUGGAGCAGCAGACGGUGUCAGUGGCCAAGGCGGGCAUCAUCGCUACGCUCAACGCGCGCACCUCCGUGCUCGCCUGCGCCAACCCCUCUGGCUCGCGCUACAACCCGCGCCUCUCUGUCAUCGACAACAUCCAGCUGCCGCCCACCCUGCUCUCCAGGUUCGACCUCAUCUAUCUCGUUCUCGACAAGGCAGAGGAGCAAUCCGACCGUCGGUUAGCCCGCCAUCUCGUUGCUCUGCACUACAAGAACCCAGAGGUACCGUGCACGGUGGACUUCUAUUCAAUCAUCGGCCAUCUCGUCGCUCUCCACUACAAGAACCCAGAGGUACUGUGUGCAGUGCAGAGGUACUGCCUCCACAGCCGCCACCAUAGAUGUGGCAACACUCACCGCCUGCAUCACGUACGCACGCACACGAAUCCACCCAGAGCUGAGCGACGAGGCGGCAGAGGAGCUCGUGAACGCUCCCCUUGCUUCCCCGCUCUCCAUCUCGCUCCCCUUGCUUCCCCGCUCUCCAUCUCGCUCCCCUUGCUUCCCCGCUCUCCAUCUCGCUCCCCUUGCUUCCCCGCUCUCCAUCUCGCUCCCCUUGCUUCCCCGCUCUCCAUCUCGCUCCCCUUGCUUCCCCGCUCUCCAUCUCGCUCCCCUUGCUUCCCCGCUCUCCAUCUCGCUCCCCUUGCUUCCCCGCUCUCCAUCUCGCUCCCCUUGCUUCCCCGCUCUCCAUCUCGCUCCCCUUGCUUCCCCGCUCUCCAUCUCGCUCCCCUUGCUUCCCCGCUCUCCAUCUCGCUCCCCUUGCUUCCCCGCUCUCCAUCUCGCUCCCCUUGCUUCCCCGCUCUCCAUCUCGCUCCCCUUGCUUCCCCGCUCUCCAUCUCGCUCCCCUUGCUUCCCCGCUCUCCAUCUCGCUCCCCUUGCUUCCCCGCUCUCCAUCUCGCUCCCCUUGCUUCCCCGCUCUCCAUCUCGUUCCCCUUGCUUCCCCGCUCUCCAUCUCGCUCCCCUUGCUUCCCCGCUCUCCAUCUCGCUCCCCUUGCUUCCCUGCUCUCCAUCUCGCUCCCCCCCAUGCUCUCCCUUUUCCUUCAUCCCCAGGCCUCUGCUUCAGCCACCAUCGACGUGGCCACUUUGACAUCCUACAUCACGUAUGCGCGCACGUGCAUCCACCCAGAGUUGAGCGACGAGGCGCCAGAGGAGCUGGUGAACGCUCGUCCGCCUCCACCCCCUUUCUUCCCUCUUCUGCAUCUCCCUCCCCUGUCUUCCCUCCCUUCCCUCCGUUCCCUCCCUUACCUCCCUUCCCUCCCUCCAUCCCCACCCCAGGCCUCUGCAGCAGCCACCAUCGACGUGGCCACUUUGACAUCCUACAUCACGUAUGCGCGCACGCGCAUCCACCCAGAGCUGAGCGACGAGGCGGCAGAGGAGCUGGUGAAUGCUUACGUGGAGCUGCGGGGGAGGGGGUCGGGGCGAAAGGUCAUCACUGCAACGCCACGUCAGCUGGAGAGUCUGAUCCGCAUCAGCGAAGCACUGGCCCGCUUGAAGCUGGCGUCCACGGUGACGCACGAGGACGUGACAGAGGCGAGGCGGCUGCUAGACGUGGCAAUGCAGCAGUCAGCCACGGAUCCCACCACAGGCACCAUCGACAUGGAUCUCAUCACCACAGGGGUGUCCGCCAGUGAGCGGGCCAAGCGCGUGCAGCUGCAGGAGGCGCUGCUCUCCUUCCUGCAGGAUAGGGCUACCGCUUCCCGGUCGUCCUUCCGAGCGCCUCAGGUGUGGGAGGACCUAAGGCAGCAAUCAUCCAUACCUGUCACACUCUUCGAGGUCCGUGAGGCUCUAGGGCGGCUGCAUGGGGAAGGCAAGGUGGUGUUCAUUGAUGACACUGUUCGAGUGGCAUGA